AUGACCUCAACCACUGGGGGCCUCUUUUUCAAAGACCAAUUUGGCAUACUUUUCGAGACACCUGACGAAUCUGUCCCAUACAUGCAAUUCUGGCUUAAGAAGGUUGAUACAGAAGGCGUCCAAGGAGACUGGAUGGCAGUACUCGCCUAUGACAAGGAGUGCGAGUUGGGAGAGUAUAGCCUUGACAUUUUCAAAAUGCACAUCGGAUCGUACACACAUCUCGAUUAUGACGACCCAAACGCAGAGAAAGCACCUAUCCAGGCUUUCACUGAAUUCCUUCGCAUGUACGUAAGCUUGUACGUAAAAAGAGUUGAGAAAGAGGCAAAGGGAUUCAUGGAAGCGAUCAAUGAGGUGGAAGAUUCCCUAAAUUCGAAUCAACGUCAUAGCAGCUUGCUUCGGUCACUCAAUACCAUCAGUCGCAGGAUUAGGACAGCAAGCCUAGAAAGUAGGAUUGUAUUUGGCAUAGACGCUGCGAACUGGGUAGAUGAUAUCUCAGGGCCGCGAAUUUACAGGAAACUGCUGUCGGUAUUGCCAUCACUGGCUCGAGACAUGGAGCAGUACCAUCCAGAUCGCUUGCGAGAAGUUACCGCGGAGGUCCACCAACACAUCGAGGAUGUAAUUGCAGAAAGGCAGCAGGAAAGACAGGAGAAGCUUCAAGAACUAGAAGAUGUUCGAAGGGAGGAAGAACGGGAACUUCUGCAACAAAACCUCGAGAUUGCGAAAGCAACUCAGAGAGAUAGUCGCCUAAUGAGCGGCGUAGCGUGGAUCACCAUGGCGUUCCUCCCAGCCACCUUCGUGUCUUCAUUUUUUGGCAUGAACUUCUUCAACGGCAUCGCCGGAAAGGUCCCGUUUGACGAAGCGAGUCGCAGUGUCUGGCUAUUCUUUGCGAUUGCAAUACCUAUCAGCGCCCUCGUUCUGUCUACAUUCUAUAUCUGGAACGAGCAACAGAGGAAGAAAGAUGGGCACAUACUGGAUGAAGCCAAGGCGACAAGCCAUGACAACGACACAACGGCAAAAUCUACGGGAAACAAUUUGGAACGGUCAGCACUUCCAAGGAGAUAA